AUGAGCAACAAUAAUAAGGGCAAGACGAGCGACCGGUCGCAAGUGCGGCCCAUCAUAUCGUUUAGCAGCAGCUGCGGCGCCACCUCGCGUGCAAAAGAGGUAGGCAUGGUGGGGGAAGACGACAGUCGUGGGAUGCAGAAAGACGAGUGCGAUGAGUUUGUUGGUGCGCUUGCAGUCUUUGAGCGUGAGGUCCGGGGUUUGGCAAAGAAGCUGGCGGACGAGCGACACCUGCGGGAGAAGGCGUUGCCAACUGAGCUCCAAGCCACACAUUGUGCUUCGACAGAAGAGGAAGGAGGAGAGGAGGAAAGGAGCUUCAGUGCAACGGCAGCCUUGGCAGGAGUGACGGCGACAAGGGCAAGCACAACCAGAUCUUUAGCUUCCGUCACGGGGAACAGGUUUCAUCGUCCGCCAAUUCCAUCGGCUACGGCGUUCGCAGCAGCGAAUGACGUGAAGGACAAAAGGAAGACGACAAUUCCCACGUGUGACACUUCCUGCGUGCAGACUGUGGCGUUGAAUGUGUGGGCUACACUCGGAUUCUUUGCGCUACCUCCAUUUGAGGUCGAACUGCCGGUGGGCGUGUCAUCCGCGCCGGUGGAGCACACCGCCAAAGCGGAGGAGAAGGAGGAGGAAGAAGAAGAUAGCAUCUUUGCUUUCGUAGAGGCCCUUGCAGGGUACUACCAGCGCAAACUAGCGAUGACGGCUGCGUCGGGGAAAAUAGAGGCGCUGUUGAGCGACGAAAUGCUCUGCAAUGGGCUUUGGCUAGUGGUGUUCAACGCGUUGUUUUACUGCGUCACAGCCCCAGGCACCGACUUCCAAUUUGACGCGCGAGAUUUGGAAUGCCUUUUCGUCGCCACGGAGGAUCUUGACGACGUGUUGUGUGCCUCCUCCUCCUCACUAUCGUCCUCCCCUGAGCUGGAAGAGGACAGCGCGGGGAGUGGGAGACAGGAGGGAAAAGGCACCGGCUGCAAACGUGUGCCUACAAGGCUGCAGUGGGAAGUGCGGAUGGCUGCAAAAGAAGGUGCCAGGCGUCGACCCCAGCAACAACAAGAAGCAGGAUCUGCCUUUAUUCCCCGACACCGCUUGACUCCUGCCGCCCUAAGAGGAUCUCGCCGCCAUGCUGAGCCAGACGCGGGGAUGAACGAACGAGGAGGAUCUCCACUUUUAUCUUCAAACCCCGCCACGGUCUCGGCAGAACCUGCAACAAAGCGUGCAGAGUUAAUUGAGCGACUUCGACACCGUUCAAUCCCGUUUGGUGGUCGACUUGCGGUGCCCCCCUCUAUUAUGUUGUGGUACUUCGUGGUUCAUACAUUUGCCCAGCUGGGAUACAGACGAGAUGCCUUUUACGUGCAGACCCCUUUACGUAGCUCUAUUCACGAGUUACUGCUGGCGCUGCUAUGGCUCACGAAGGAGAACCAACUCGUGGCAGUGGCCGAAUACGUACAGUUGCAGCGUACGUACGCCUUUUUGCUGCAACAGGGGGGUCCUGUCACUCAUGAUGGUAAUUGUCACCCACAGUACGAUGACCGCAACCCAAGGGAUGAUGCUGUCAGGGCAGGAGUGGGAAGGGAAUACACUUCUUCAGCAACGCCACAUGACCCUGUCGGGGAAGCACUACUGCGUUGCUUUCCCGCGGCUGUUCCGUGGCCACCCGCAUCGUUUGUAGAGGAGGAGAGCAUUGCUUACCGCUUGGAGCAAAUACGGCGAAUUCUUCCCGCCGCGUUGGAUGAACGGGACGCGCUGAGGAUGCAUUUUCCGGAGCUGACGCGUCGGCUACUCUCCAUGCAGCGUCUUAUUACGCUUUCCGUGAAUCGCAUUGAGCGUGCCCUGCAUCAGCGGACGGAGCAAACCGUUUCUUUGGGGUUACACUCCGCCCUCGACGCUCAGUUGUGUCACCCCGCACACCACGGCGCUUACCGUCAGCUGUGCGCUGGGCUGCAGCACCUGUGUGGGAUGGAAGCACGUGUGCGAGAAACCACACAGCAGCUUUCACAGUUAGGCUCACUGGUGGCGCGCGCCGUGCGACUAGAGAUGUCGUCGGUGCAGCAGCAGCGACUUGAGGCAGAGGUUGUAAAGGCACUCGAGGACGACGAGCUGACAUGGCUGCGGCAACCGCUGGGCGAGGAGGGGAAGCAUGAGGGCUCUGCGCGGUGGAAUUUGAACGAGACCUUCAUUCGUUUUCGUGCGACGGGGGUACGGGAGCAACUCACGGAUUUGUGGGCCUCAUUGCGUCGCAGGGCUCACGUGGGAGGGCGACGGGGGGAUGGUCCUCACGGAACACGCAACUGCGUCGCUGAAAGCGCAGAGUUGCAGGCACAGCUGGAGGAGAAGGUGCGAGAAAACAUGAGGGGCCGUUACUCGUUGGACGCCGCACUGAAAGCGGAAUUGCGGAGGUGGCAAAUGUGUGGCGCAGACGCUACACGACAUGAUGUUGCUGCCGCCGCGGUGGGCAACCAUGGGGAAGAGGGCUUUGAGUCAAAAAAUGGGGCUGAAGGUGAAAAUCUUCUUUUUGCUGCGCCGGAAUUACGGGGUGGAAGUGGCAGGGCACAUUUGUCGGCGACUAAGCGACUGAAGAAGUUGAAGCUGCCGUUUGUGACGUUUGAUCUUGUAACAAGUCACAUUUCCUCGCACCGUCCACAGGCCACCGCGGUGGGGGAACCCGCGGCGAACGCGACAACGUCGGCGCGGUUGGAGAUGGAACGGCUGCACGAGGCUUUCCUUGCGCUGGCUCAGCAGGAAGAGUACCUGGCGAAGCGGGUGGAGGAGCAACGGCUGGGAAAAGAGGCGGGGGAGCUGCUUCGUGAGCACGGGCUGCGGGUUGUGCCGCGGAGGCGGGCAUAA